AUGAAGGAGGAGGACAACUCAGAGGCUAAAAUAACCCAGGAUGAAAGGACUUACCUGUAUAAGCAGAAAGCACGCUGCCGAUUCAUGAGGAAACAGAAAAAUGGGAUUUCACCCUGGAAGAACACUGGGAAGUUAAAGAAAAGGUUGCAGUCAAAGGAGAAAAGCCAAGAAAGUUUGAAAGAAACAAAGGAAAGAGCGCCAACUCUCUCCUGUCAAGAAACCUCCAAGUCAGCUGAGAAUAGUGCUGAGGAUUUCAAUAGCGAGUGGACCAUUUUUAAUGAUUUGUUCUUCUCAAGUGAUGUGGCACCCUGCAAUGAGUUCAUACCUUUUUACAGGACAUACUCAAACCUUGUGGAAAUCCCUCUGCAGAUAAAUACAGAAUUGAGCCAUGAGAACGCAGAAGGAGAAGAAGUUCAAAGCGAUGGCUGUGUCUUUAAUCCUAAGUAUGAAGAUGAGCCUCUAAAGGACGUGAGUCUCACCACUGGAUAUUUUCCAUAUUAUAGAACAUAUGAGGAAUACUUUGGCAACUCAGAUCUUCCCGGUGAAAUACACAGUAGAGCAGAGAGCAAGGAGAGUGCGGCAAACAGUGCAGAGGAAAUCAAGAGUGAAAUGAGCUGUGAAACUGAGGAAGGAUCUGAAGAUACUGAUAUUCAGGAAAACUGUGAAACAUCAGAGGAUACCAGCCAAUGUGCUGAGAGUCUUCAGUUCACUGAAAACCAAGUAUUAACUGGCUCCAUCGUUGAGUCCUGUGAUUCUGACCUCUCUCUCUUCGAUGAAAUUCUAAACCUGAGGCAAUCACCUUCCGACAGUGGUUAUUUUCCAUAUUAUAGAACAUAUGGGAAAUUGCUUCUUGGCCCAGAAACCUCAAGUAAUGUGCUCUGUAGCAGCAGAGAUGCACUGGAAAUGUUUGGUAUGGAAAGGAACUUCACCGGAAACUAG